GUGUUCAUUACCGGGUGAAGUUGUGCAGUUACAGAUUUUUAACAAGAUUUCGAUCAGUCGAGUAAUUUCAUUUAGCUAAGUUUCAGGUGAGUACGUUAUAGCUCGUUAGAAAACUCGGCUGCCUGGUACGAGUGCGUGCAAGGAUCAUAAAAUCGGUAUCGAGUAACAACAAAUACCGCGGCGGUAAUUAAUCUCGAUUUCAUUCUUCGUAUCGACUUGGUCAAACUCAAUUGGAGAUCGUUAAUCCGGCGCAAUAGGCUGAGCGUGAUUCCAUUUUCUGCAUCGAAGCAACUCGAGCAUAGUGAAAAAUAAGACGUAGAUAGUCGAGGACUUGAGAAAAUAUCAUCUUGAAUGCUACAAACUUUGUUUCAAUGAGGGGUCACGACUUAGACUUGAACUUCAUCGUGAAAAAUGACAAGAGUCAAGAGUUCGACCUGGAAGAGGUGAUCAACAAGGAUGUCAGCACGAACGAUAAGUUUUAUCACAGACUUGUGAUUCCCAACCUGUUAUACUUCGGCGCCCUCCACGUAGGCGCGGUAAUUGGUAUUUACCACUUGCUGGUGAACGCCAAGGUACUCACAAUAAUAUGGGCGUUUUUCAUGGCGUUCUGUACCGGCGAAGCCGUUACGUUGGGGGCCCAUCGAUACUAUUCGCACAAGAGUUUCAAGGCGACAACGGCUCUCAGGCUGGCAAUGAUCAUUUUUCAAACGGCGGCUGGACAGAACAGCAUGUAUACUUGGGCAAGAGAUCACAGACUGCAUCACAAGUACAGCGACACCGACGCCGAUCCUCACAAUGCUACCAGAGGAUUUUUCUUUUCCCAUGUCGGUUGGUUGAUAUCCAAGAAACAUCCUCUCGUCAAAGAGAAGAGCAAGUGCAUCGACGUCUCGGAUCUGCUCGAUGACAAAAUCCUCAUGUUUCAACACAAAUAUUUCGUACCGGUUUAUCUACUCGUGGGAUUUCUUUGUCCGACUUGUUUGCCAGUUUUCUGUUGGGAUGAAAAUUGGUGGACUUCCUUUUACGUCGUAUACUGUCUUCGCUACGUCGGCAUUCUCCAUGCAACUUGGAGCGUAAAUUCUAUCGCUCACAUGUUCGGCACAAAGCCCUACGACAAAAGAAUUGUCUCCGUCGAUUCCAACGUCGUUUCGUUUCUCACCGGCGGAGAUGGAUGGCACAAUUACCAUCACAGUUUUCCCUGGGAUUGGAGAGCUGGGGAAUUCAGUGUAAGGGGUGGUUUCAACACCAAGUUCCUGCAGAGGCUGGCGGAUUACGGCUUCGCGUACGAUUUAAAAACGGCCUCGGACUCGGUCGUCGAAGGGCAUACCAAGAAGCACGGGGACGGAACGCGUCCGGUUGUAGACGUCGGGCUAAACGAACAUGAAGAUAAAAAGCCGAGAAACGGCGUCGUCCGCAACGCUCCGAAGGAAAAGAGCCUUGUAGCCGACUAAAGCUGCGUGUUUUGACAGUCUUUCAACGUACAAGAGUCCUCGAUCAUUGAAGUAUAAGCGCAUUGAUUGUCACGAAGGAUAAUCAGGAUAAGCGAAGCACUUCGCAUUUCACGUUUACGAAUUCGGAACUUGUACUUGCAAAAUUCCCCUUCCCUCGAAAUUGAACAUGCUCUAGAAUAACUUUUGAAAGAAUUGCUUAUUGAAAUAAAAUAAUGCCAUCAUAAUGCCACGUUACGCUAUAAAAGUAUUUUCACAACUUUUGUACAUAUAUAUGUGUAUACGAAUGAAACAU